AUGAUUUGGAGGCGACGCGUCAGUCUUCCCGAUUGGGACGAUUUCCAACUCCGCUACGCGCGUGACGUCCAUACAACGCUCAGCUGCGUGAAGCGUGGCAAACCUUCCUGUUUGCAAUCUCAUCCCGGGGCCAUGGAUCCCGUUAGAACACCUCUGACCGCGAACUCUCAGUUCAUCCAAGCCGACGAUGACGACGACUUGGACGAAGAGAACAUUCCGGGAUUCUCUCAUCCAGGAAUGGCGCAGUCACCUGCACCACAAGACAAGGGCAAAGGACGGGCGUCCUUCGUCCCUGAGCAACUCGCACCACCGAGCGCAACGCCUGCUGGCCCGAGUGUUCCUGCACUUUCCGGCAAUAUUGGAAGUUCGUCUCAGCCAGCCAGACCGAAUAGGCAGACAGUCGGAGGAUUGCAGGUCGAGACGCGAUAUUCCGGCCAAGACACUCUUGACGAGCCCAUAACGGAGACCAUUGCGCGCGACUUGCUUUCGAUUUACUCUAAACUCGUUCAAGUUCUCUACCCUCGGCGUAGCUCCGGCCGCGAAGUUCUCAGAGACUGGGAUUUAUGGGGUCCACUAUUACUCUGCUUGAUGCUCGGGAUCAUGCUAAGCAUUAAUGCGCCUCCAUCUCAAUCAUUGGGCGUUUUCACUAGUGUCAUCGUGAUCUGCUCGCUGGGCGCUUUAUUCGUGACUGUACAGGCGAAGCUCUUGGGUGGACGAGUGUCAUUCUUCCAGGGUCUAUGCGUCCUCGGUUAUUGCAUAGCCCCUCUUGACAUUGCUGCUCUCGUUGGUUGCUUUGUUCGCAUCAUCUGGAUUCGGGCUCCAGUUGCUCUGUUGGCUUGGGGUUGGUGCAUUUGGGCUUCCGUCAACUUCCUGGAUGGCACGAAAAUCGAACAGCAGCGCAUUUUGCUUGCAGUCUAUCCUCUCCUUCUGUUCUAUUUCAUUUUGGCCUGGAUGAUUCUGAUUCAGUAG